GUCGGGGUCUCGAAGUCGACGCGACGGACGCGUGCGGUGAGGAAGCCGCCACCCAAGCGUGGCAGCAGCAGCAGCAAUAGCAGCAGCCACAGACUCGGGGCCAGGUCUCUUAGCAAGUCGCCAUAGCGACGGCCACGAGGCUUCAACAAUCACGGUGCCGGGCAAGGUGACUCAAGCGCGUCUGAGACCAUUCACUUCGCGCUCCGAGCUACUCACUUCUACGAGGGAGAUCAGCCAUGGAACUCGGCUUGAGGUCAUACACUCAGUACAGGAACGCGUCCAGCCGACCCGCCAAGUUCAUCCUGUUUCCGGAGGAAGUCAGCUUCAUCAGACAUUUCCCACAGGCGAACCGUAACACCCACACAGAGUGGGGGUUUUACGAUCCCCGUGGCUUGGACAAGGUGUGCUACGUCGGCAAGAGAUGCCUUCCUUACCAGUGCUCUGGAACGGAGACAGCGUCCGCAGGGCGCAACGGCGUCCCGGUGGUGAGUGCGGGCGACAAGGCGUACCGCGCGGUGGAGUACAGCGCCGGCUUCCACCUCCUGGGCUCCACCAGGGCCCCGCCCAGAUUCAGCGCCGGGGCGAAGCACGCGGCCGACACCUUCAUCCCUCUGCAGCCGCCUCCCAGCGUCCCUCGCACCCCCUAUCGCAAGAAGGCCCAGGAGAUGCAGAGGGCGCUGGAGAUGAUGGAGGUGCAAGCCCUGGACAAGUGGGAGCCCCCGUCGCGAGCGUCCCAUCGCCGCCUCGACGGAGAUCGCGAUUGAGCCGGGCCGCUCGCUUUGCCAGCCACUACGAUGGAGGGCAAGCCUCGGCCUGCCACGGCCUGCCACGGCAAGCCACGGCAAGCCUCGGCCUGUCACAGCCAGCCACGGCAAGUCACGGCCAGCCACGGCUCUCUUAAGCCAGGCAGGCGCACAGCAUGAAAAAAAAAUAAUGAAGUGAGAAAUUCACCUCUCUGUGGACGGCUCUCCGAUGUGGUUUUCAGGUUGUAACUACCGCAUGGCCCGUUCGGUGUGAUGUCCGACGUUUCGCUCCGUGUGCCGAGAGCUUCGUCAGGUUAAUGCAUUUUACUUCCCGCAACUGAACUUCGUGACGUAGCGCGUGGAAAUCCCGCGAGGUUCAAGCCCUCCCAGCGGCAUGUGGUGCGAACCGUCGAAUAUUCAGGAGGUAACCGAGCCCGCAAGCCAUAUCCGGAGAGCCGCUCCGUGUGGUUCGUGUGUUUUAGACGUCGGGUUAUUUGUCUGGUCUCGGUGCCAAGUAGGUAACAUCGAGUACUCGUAGGCAAUUUAAAUAAGUCUUUGUUAGAACUUCGCGACAGGUUAUGAAAAAUCAUCAUCCACACGCAUGGGUCCUUUGAUUGUAGAUGUAUGUUUACAUUCUUUUGCACCGUACGUAAAGCAACCUUCAUAAAUCAGAGGUGCGGGGGGGAGGACAGCAAACUGAACACAAAGAGCAGUUCUAAAGGAGUGAGGAUUAAAAUCGUGAAGCUUUACAACGCGCGUUUGUUCUCGAAAGCGUGCGCUAAGUUGACCGGGUCGCUGUUUGGGGCAAAACGCAUUUUCAUAUUGAAAAUACUCGGCUCGCUCUGGUCCACGUCUCCCACGUCUUAGGGAAAUGCCUCCUCUUUGAUCAACGUGUAGUUCUAUCCGGCGUAAAUCCACGAUAGCAACACAACUUUGCCAACGGAGGUUGACGUUCAACAUUGGGUCAUGCCGUUACGAGAGUUGGCGUGGCCAACACGUUACUGACGGACUAUCAGCUAUGCAGCAUCCACGCUCUCAGACAAAGUUGUGAAGCGGUUACCAAUGAUUUAAAGCUUUCGUGACUGCAGGGAUUCAUCUUCUUGGUUCUUUCGGUAAAGUCACGUAGAAGGGAAAUAAUAAAAAUAAAACAUACUAAAACGCUGUCUCCCCGACAGACCAGGUCUUCACCUGAGGACGGCUGCUUGCGUUGUGGCCGAAACGUCGUGAUAAUUAUUUUAUUAUGUUUGAUUUUUAUUAUUUUAUUAUUUCCCUUCUACGUGACUUUACCGAAAUAACCAAGAAGACGGUUACCAAUGGCCAAAGCCUCUGAAUAACCGGCGGGCACAUACACAUAUUUCACCUUUAAUCAUCCUGAGAACGUCACGUAAAACAUUGUCGCGAAGUGCCACUGAGACAGGAUAGAGAAAAGGAACGCUCCAAUUGUUGUUGUUAACAACGGCUAGAGGGGGGGGGUGGUCUUAAUGGCCACGUCGAAGGCGGUGAGCAGGCUUCGCUCGGAUCCUGGGUUUGAAUCUGGGGGGAUGGAGUUCCUCAUCAUGAUGAUCUGUCACGCGUUUAACGCCGACAUCGUCACCUCUAGGCAUAGCAGCUCUCAAUGUAUUUUGUGUUCCGGCCCCCCAACCAACCCCCCCCCCCUCAGUUGCUCGGGCCACACAAUACAAAGGAGUGGUGACUAAGGCAUCUCUGUUUCACGUUGUGUAAUUGUGCGUGUUGUUAGGCAGUUGCUCCGUGUCGUGAAUUAGCGCGUUUUGUUUCAGUGGGGUGUGUCAGUGAGGUGUGUGCUAGUGAGGUGUGUAUUCGUGUUAGUGAAGUGUGUAUUGGUGUGUUGGUGAGGUAUGUGCUAGUGAGGUGUGUGCUAGUGAGGUGUGUGCUAGUGAGGGGUGUAUUGUGCAUUGGUGUGUUAGUGUCGGCGCAAAGUGGCACCGACGUUGCCCACGCACAUAAAAAAAAAAACUUCUCCUGCACGGCAUCCACUCCCCAACCUGCACUUUAGCCCUCCCCUGAAAGUUGAAAGUGAGUGUCCUGACCCACAGGUUGAGACACCGCUGGUCCCGGCUAUCGUUGAUGGCCACGCAACAAUCCAACAAUCCUCGCUUUCCGCGAUUCGGUGAUUUCUCAGGAUUCCGUCUCGUGUGGCCGAAACUCAGGAAUCGGUCCACUCGCAUCAUAUUUGUCCACAUCUAAGUGGCGUCCCCUCUUCUUUAUUCUGCCUCCUUAUGCAGAGCCACCCAAAGUCCGUGGAGGCCCAGGGAGAUAAUGCCACGUGGCGGUGGUGGUGGUCCUUAUUCAUGACCUUCAAACAUUAAAAAACAUUGUCCAUUGCGGAGCCCUCUUUUGUGUGAGGCCCAGGGAAAUGUGGCCUCUUUCCGUGCCGUCACCCCUCCCGGCAGCCCUGCUCGUGUGCAGUUUCGUUCGCUCCAUGCUCCUCAACGUAACGUCAUUUGGUGGUGCUGCUGCUGCGUUGGCAGUGGUUUGCACAAGCACAGUUGACAGCAAAAACUCCACGCAUUCAUUAUCAAAUAUCACCAUGGCCUUGAAAUAAAUGUAUAUAUAUAUAAACAGGCGACGUUUUGGGCAACGUCCCUUCAUAUGCAGAAUGGCCUUUGCUGAAAACGUCACCGGUGACAUUUCAUUCUUAUUUACUUGAUACAGCUGUCAUGGCUGUGACGGUUCCACCUGAAGACGGAAGCUUGUGUUGCCUCCGAAACGUCGUGAUUUGUAUUUUUUUUAUUUUAUUUUACUUUUACUAAUUUUAAUGUUUUACCUACGUGACUUUACCGAAAAAACCUAAGAAGGUGACAUUCCACUUCAUACAUUUGUAGAGGCAGUGUUACUGAGGGUGUCUUUGUUGUUGUUUGCUAAAUGCAACGCGUGCGGCCUCUGUGUCACUCCACUGCUGGAUGACUGGGCCUCUCCCGCACCGCGCGGGACUCCAGGGUCACUCGACCAUACUUCACCGCGCUGGGCGGCUCGGCGGCAUAGAAGUACAAUACAGCAAGGCCGCAAUUAUAAUAUAUAUUACAUACAUCCCCCGCAAUUUUCAAAUAUGCUCAAAAUGUCCCCCCCCCCC